UGAGAUUCUGCGAGAGUGUGCAUUGGAAACAAGAGAAUUGUUUGAAAAUGUCGGACAAGCAAAGAGCUAUCCCAAUCAACAACAAUUUCGGGAGGAAUCUGUUUACACACAGUACUCCAAGCAAGAAGAGUAAGUCAAUCAGAAUUCCCGAGUACUCCCGAUCUCACCCAAUCGUCCCGAAGCUGUACGUGCCAGAAUGGAAGACAGACAUGCAGAAUCGGUCUAUAAUCACCGAGAACGCCACGCUGGGAGGCAUCCCGAACUACGAGCACGAUGAGAACCUCUUCCUGGAGAAGCGGGAACAGAUGCACUACAACGUGGAAGACUGGACGCGCGUUGAGGAGAAGAUCAACAUCCCUCCCCGUGCUGAGCUCCUGCGGCCAAACUUCCACCACGAGACCUCUCGCUACCAGAGUGAGCUGAUGAUGAGGAGGGACGACAAUGCUGUGUGAAAAGACUUUAGUAUUUAUUUGGUAGCUAGCUGAAAAUUUCACUGUACAAAUAUCACUAGUUUAGUUGUGAACGCUACAAAAGAUCAUUUUACCACCCAAUAAAUGGACUUCCAUCAUGGUCCAUCCAAUACAAAUGCACAAUAAUUUAUUUUUUAACUUCAACUCCUUUUCGGCGGGGGAAAAAAAUCUCGAUGACUCAGUACAAGAAGAAAGUGACUAAAUAUGGUAAAGUCAUCCAUAUAUGAUAUAUCAUUGAAGUAACAAACGUCCCCCAGAGAACUAAGUAAACUAAUGUGUGCUCAGAGGAAGUAAUGUGAGUGCAGUGCUUGCCCUAAUUUCUUUCAAUCAGUAUUAUUUCACAUUCUGUAAAUAAAUUAUGUGUAUACUCUA